GCCCACAAAUAGUCCCAGAGCCAUCUCACACAUGUAGUGGUAUAAAUCCACUCUUCAUCACGAAAUGCGUCCCAAUGUUUUCUUUCUCUCACCACCCAGCGAGAGACAUGUCCAUGGGAAUUCUAGGACGUCUCUCAAUAUUCCUCACCGGAAGCUUUCAACUGCAACGCCAUAAGCCGUAUCCAUGUCUUUCACGAUGUCAACCAACGCAAGCACUUCUCAUACUAUGUCUCGACAUACGGCAGGAUUAACGAACGAUCAUGAAAUGCGCAACCCGCAGGGUGGUAUCUACACCCCAGAGUUCGCCUCCUUCAACCCCAGUCAACCAGGUGACUCGUUUAUUUCCGCCGCUGUUCUCCCGCAUCAUCAGGUUCAAACACACAUCGGCUUCACCUAUCCAGUCGUUCCCCGCAUUCCUGAAUACCCUGCUCAAUAUCCAUGGCAUGGUGGAAGCGGGUACAAUACGCCUACCGAUCUGGAGCAUUGGGACUUUGUUACCAGGCGUCAGCCAGGUAUCGUACCUCAGGACGAUUCUCACCAAGCUGGCACACUGCAAGAGAAUGUUCCCUGGAAUAGCUUCGUCAUCCCGGCAGCAGUGGCUUCAUCAACCAGGACAGCAGAUAGCCAAAUUGAAGGGUAUGCCGACCGUCCUGUCAUCCAAAGCAACCCCUGUGGACCUUUCGGCCGACAAUCAAGCAGGGAUACCAAUCUUCGGUGCGGCUGGACGGAUUGCACAGCCAGGUCAACCUUCAAUAGAUGGGAGGACUUGAGCAGGCACAUCAAGACAAUCCAUGUGUUUCCUGCUUCUUAUGUUUGUCGAUUCUGUGAUCGAACCUUCAAUCGCAAGGACAACUUGGUAGAACAUCAGUUACGCACUCAUCGAUCCCAAUAACGCCUGCCUGCAUUUCUUUCUCUUAUCCCCCUAUCUUUCCUUCCUUCUCCCUUACUUCUUGCCGUUUCUCUGUCUUCCAUGCCCUUUGACUUUCACUUUGUUGUUGCUCACCCUGCUUUUUCCCUAGAGCUUUGCUGUUAUUCUAGUGUCUAACGUCAUAUAUUUUGGGCUAUUUAUUCUUCAG